GUGGGUGAUCACACACUGUUUACGGAAAUUAAACGCUUACCGCUUUUGAUUUAUUUACAUAUUUAUGUUCGGGUUGAGCAUGAAUUCGUUGCCGGACAUUUGGGUUGCCCUAGGAAUUAUUUUGCUCACUGCAGCGGUAUAUUUCCCAGUUUGGAAAUUUUACAAAAAGCGAAAGGAAUUGGCUGAAGCUGUAGAUGCUUUUCCUGGGGCCACGUGGUAUCCUUUAAUUGGUACUGGCUGGGAUUUAUUGGUAGCGCCAAGAGAAGACAGAUGGAACAUAAUAAAAAAGUGGCAUCAACAAUACAGUCGUGUGAUGCGAAUGUGGGUAGGAUUUAACCCCAUUCUCGUACUUUCCAAACCCGAUCAUCUUGAGAUUCUAUUUAAAAGUCACGUAAAUGUAAACAAGGGAAUAUUCUAUCGAUACAUGACGCCAUGGUUAGGAGAAGGAUUAAUUACAGCAUCAGGCAACAAAUGGAAAGAGCAUAGGAGACUUUUGACUCCUGCAUUCCAUUUUAAAAUUUUGGAUAAAUAUUCGGAAGUUUUUUCUGAGAAAGCCUCAGAACUGGUAGAAAUAUUUGAAGAAAAAGUUGGAAAAGGGCCUUUCGAUGCCAGUACCUAUAUUACUAGAUGUGCCCUAGAUAUAAUUUCAGAAACUGCGAUGGGGGUAAAAUUCGAUUGCCUUAAACAUCCAAGUUCCGAUUAUGCCGUUGCUAUAUUUGGGCUAUGUGAAGGGGUGGUCAAUAGAGGAGACAAUCCAUUUUACGCAUUUGACUUUUUCUUCAAAUCUAGCAAGGAAGGAAAAAAAUUUUACAGUUGUCUAAAAACUGUCGAGCAAACCACGUACAAGAUAACAAAGGACAGGAGAACAGAAUUCCAGAAACAUAAAACUGAGCAAAAAAUCGACGAGCUAGGCAGAAAGGAGAAGUUGGCGUUUUUGGACAUUUUGCUAGCCAAUCAACUAGAGAAUAAAUUCUCUGAUAGACAAAUUGCCGAUGAAGUAAACACGUUCAUGUUUGCUGGUCGAGAUACAACUGCAUCUACAGUGAUGUAUACCCUUCUCGCUUUAGGACAUUACUUGGAUAUCCAGGCCAAAGUACAAGAAGAGCUGGACGGCAUCUUCAACGGCGAAGAAAGGUCUAUUACGCCACAAGACAUUGCCGACAUGGAAUAUCUCGACAGGGUGAUCAAAGAAACCUUAAGAAAGUUUUCUUUUGUUCCGUCUAUUGGUAGAAUUUUGGAGGAAGAUAUCACUAUCGAUGGACAACGUAUUCCAGCAGGGGUCGGUGUUAUCUUGUCACUGUAUAAAUUGCAUCACGACCCCGAAUAUUGGCCUGAACCAGAUCGUUUUGAUCCGGAUCGCUUUUUAGCUGAAGUGGCAAACAAAAGACAUCCUUAUGCUUUCGCACCGUUCAGCGCUGGUUCUCGGAAUUGCAUAGGUCAGAAAUUCGGGUCAAGAAACAGCAAGACUCUAUUAGCGGCAAUUUUAUGAAAAUUUACAGUGAAAUGUUUAGAAAAUCCGGAUGAUCUGCAAGAAUACAAUGAAAUAGUACUUAGGCCCCAGAAUGGCGUUAAUUUAGAAUUAAAACUAAGAAAGUAAUAACUGUUUUAAAAGUGAUCAAUUGUAUGCGAUUAAUGAAAUUAGUCUAAGGCCGGGAUUAGGCAACUAUGUUUUUUUGUCAUUUUUAAACGUAAACGUAUUAGCAAGUUUAAAACACCUUUUCCAAUUUUUCAUUUGUUGACACUUGACAAUUUUCAUUACUGCAUAAGUCCAUUUUUUUAUGUAUUUACUUUUUAGGAAAUUCAGUAUUGGACAUUGGGUAUCUGUUCAAACCAAUAGGUCAUAUUUUAAAAUAAAAUACUUUUAGGAUUUAAGGAAUUGUA